UCAAGUUGUGUUUUUCGCACAAAAUGCUAGAAAUUUUUAAGAUAUUUCUAACACUUGGAUUUAUCGUUAAUCGUGGAAUAUCCGUUCAUGAAAACCUGUCUCCUGAGCUGCCCACUUACAAAUCAUGUUCGCCUCGAGAAAUUUUUGAAACAAACUGGAAAAUUAAGCAUUUGAAGACCUCAAAGUCGGAUGUCAAUACUUCAUGUAGAGAUGAAGAGGAUCUAAACGGAUUUGAUUCAGCACAAAACGGCAUUCCGCUGGCUCGACAUUUUACAGGCUCACUUAAGCCUGAGGUGUCUUUGAAUUCAAGGAACAUUGUCGCAGAGACGCAACUGAACAUGUCAGAGACAGCUACAGGCGGACGAGUUACAGAUAACGAGCAGAGUCUAUACAGGUUGCCGCGAAUUGACCCAGUGGAGGUUGGUUAUGUGCGUGAACUAAAUUUGGUCCCUGGGAAAGUACAUACAAUGAGGACACUCAGUUUACGACCCGCCCUUUUCGAAAUCGAAGAUUUCCUUAGCGAAGAGGAAUGUGAUGAUAUUAUAUUCAUGGCGAAAACACAAGGUCUAGAGCGAUCUAAAACUCUUGGAGAAAAAGUACCCGAAGGCGAGGAACUAAGUCCAAACAGAACCGCGGAAAGAAAUGUGCCAGAGAAUCCUGAAGAAACUUUUCAGAAUCUCGAUUUAAACGCUGAUGGAAGUAUAGACGUAGCAGAGAUUUCUCAGGCUCUCAUGGAGCUGGGGAGAGUUCUUGUCGACGAAAAAUUUACAAAGAAAAUCAUGAAAGACCUAACCAUGGACCCAAACAAUGAUGGUGUAAUAACAUACAACGAAUUCAUAAAAUUAGCAACAGACAGCAAGAUGAAAGACAUAACGCAUUACUUGGAGAAAAUUCAUCAAACAAAGCCAAAUAAGCGAACUCGAGAUAGCAGCACUGCUUUUCUUGAUCCCUACGAGCACAUCGAUUUUAAACCACUAUUUGAUAGUCUACGAGAGAGAAUACACUUAGUGACACGUCUUCCUAGAGAUAUGAUCUGGAGCAGUGAAGACAUGCAGGUCAUUAGGUAUCGUGAGAAGCAACAUUAUCACUGCCAUUAUGAUUCAGACGACGAAUUGGAAAAACUUUUGCCUUGCUGUCAUCAAGUUGAAACUCUUGAUGAGGGUGAAUUAGAAGAUAUGGAUUGUAUUCCGUGCAGGUAUUUGACGUUCUUUUAUUAUCUAAAUGAACCUACACUGGGUGGUGAGACUGCAUUUCCUAUUGCCGACAACAAAACUGUACCAGUAAAUGAAUCGCUGAUGGAUGGUGGAGUGAACAAGUGUGACCUAAGUGACCAUUGUUAUGAUGCCAACUUGUACUACAAACCAAAGCGUGGCACCGCCUUGUUUUGGUACAAUCAUCUUAUCAACGAAGAAACAGGCUGGCUGGGCCCCCUGGAUGUGAUGAGUUAUCAUGGUGGAUGUGACGUCCUGAAGGGAACAAAAUGGGCAGCAAAUAAUUGGAUUAAUGCUGGGAACGAUCGUGAAACUGAUAUAAAAGUCUGGGAGGUUAGUAGAUUGGCGGAGAAAGAUUUUCAAGAGAGACUGGAACGAUAUCCGUGGGAGGAGCAAACCCGUGGGGAAGAGGAAACCCCUGGGACAGAAGAAAACCCUGGGAAAGAAGAAACAUACGGUAACGACAGUUUGCAAGCGGCGGAAGAGACUUCAAACCGAGGUGCUGAACAAAAUCGCAUUGAAGAAAAAAACCCUGGGGAGAAAGAUAAUCGUGGGGAGGAGGAAACUUACGGGGAAGAUAAAUCCCGUGGACAAAACCUUACGGAAAAAGAAGCCCGAAAGGAAAAAUAGAACAGAAAUGAUUAGCAUGAUGUAAAUUUCAAUUGACUUUACUUUACUUGUUGAAACAAUUCAGAAACUAAAAACAAGUAUUUUGAAUAGUUAGAGUAAUUGUAUUUAUGAUACAUGUAAAGUUCGUGCUACCUUCACGUCUUAUGAUUGGCUACAGAUUUUCGUCCUCUACUCAACUAAUCAUUUGCAAGUACAAGCUUUGAUUUAACCAUACAGUUUUCUUUAACUCACUGUGUUAUUUUGCGUCUGAUUUUGGUGGCCGUUGUCAGAUCUUCUGGGCAUUUUGGCACACAAAUUAAAACAAUUAUUUUAUUCUGGUAACAACUUCAACACAACUGAAAAAUAAAGAGGUCAAUUACUCGUUAUUUCGUUCUCACGGAGAUCACUAACCGUAUAUAUAAAAUUUCCUACAUCUCUGAAUGCCAACUUUGAACUAUAUUUUGUACGUGACAGUAUAAUAGUUAAAUUUUUAGAAAAGUUAUUAGCUGAAUCCCAUAUGUCAGAAAAAAAGUCAAGUAAAUUAGUUUAUUUAUAGUAAUUACUCUUUUUAGCUGGAUUAAAUCGCUACGCGUUGUUAUUAGCUUAAUUA